AUGGCUGCCAUCAAAUUGAUUCAUCACGUGAACUCUCCCACUCCGCUGCCCUCUCCGUUCCUGAGCCUCCUUGUGGCACGAGACAAUUGGGCAAACAAGAAUCGCGGUGUCGUUCUUGUCUUUGCCAUCGUAUUUUUGGUCGUAGUUGGGAUCAUCGCGUUGUUUGCAUACCGCCGGUGGUUGAAGCGAAAGGCCGAGAAGGAGUCUUAUGAGACGACGAGUGAUUGA